AAGUAAACAAUAUAAUUACAAAUAUGUAACAAGGUCACUCUAUGGUUCUGCUGAAUUACAAGUUGACAUCAAUACAAACUCUUAUUUGAAUGAAAUAAGAUCUUUCCUGGUGAAACAUCAUCAACAUUUAAGGUUAUUAUAAUUUAACAUGAGUUAAUUCCGGUUUCAUUUUAUUGAUACUCCUGAUUGCUCAAUAACCUGUUGUUGCUGAUCUCUGAAGCUGCUUGAGUCUUGACUCUUUCUGUCUUCUCUCCUCUCUCUUUUUAAUCAAAACUUUUUCUCUUUCUUUCUCAGUCUUGUUUACUAUUUUCCUUUAUUAUCUUUUAACUUGUUCAACAUAAUAUUUUGAAGGCGAGAAUAAGUUGUGUUAUUUGUUGACAUCUAAGAAUCACUAUAAUCUAAUCCGCACCAUGUCUGAUCCUUCCAUUUGAUUUUUAUCUCACCCCUGUAAUUCUUUUCUCUCGUUUCCUAUCUUGUUAUCCAAUUUCAACGUCUCCCAGUUGUGUUUUAAUUAAUUAUGAUCCUCAAUAAAUCAUUUGCCUUAAAAUUCAGUGCUAAUUACCUCAUAUACUAUAUCAAUCAUAUGUUUAACUGAUACCAUCUCUGAGCUUGUUGGUAAUUUCUAAUGUUAUUGUUGUGGUGAAAUAAUUAUUCUUGUCAUCUUAAAAUAUCAAAACUGAUUUUGGCCCACUUUGGUAACUAUUCUGAAAAAGCUAUCUGCUAGCAGCUGUCUAAUCUUCUGGUGAUAAAUAUGGCUCUCCAGAUCAAUUUGCUGAAAGGUCGGCCUUUCAAUAUGAAUUUUUCUCGAUCUUUAAAGUCUUGGUCCACCAAUAAUGCUGAUGAAUAUAAUAAUUUGAUGAAAAGUAACAUUCCAACCGACUAUUAUCAAGCAAGUUUGCCGCAAUUGCCUAUACCGAGAUUAGAUUUAUCCUGCCAACGUUACUUGAAUGCGUUGCGACCAAUAAUUUCUAAUGAUGAACAAUUUACCAAAACUCUGAACAUUGUUGGUAGCUUCAAAAUUGGCAUUGGUCAACAGUUACAAAAUCAUCUUUGUGAAAAAAAUCGAGCUCUUCGGCACACAAGUUACAUUGCUGAUGAUUGGAUGGACUCAUAUUUAUCUUCAAGAUUGUCUCUUCCUCUGAACUUCAAUCCUUUUCUGAUUCUUCGAAAUGACCCUGUGACUGAGUACAAUCAACCUUGCAUCAAAGCGGCAAAUCAUCUAAUCAGCUGUCUUCGAUAUAGACGAUCAUUUAUCGAGAAUCGAUUGGAGCCUGACGUUAAAAAAUCGAAGGAUAAGGAAAUACCAUAUGACAUGAGUCAACACCAAAAUUUAUUUGGUUCAACUAGAAUUCCAGCUCUCAAUCUAGACUUCUUGCAAACAUAUCCAGACUCUAAACAUGUUAUUGUAAUGAAGAGAGGUCGCUUUUACUAUUUCAAUGCUCUUGAUGAUAGUGGUAAUCUCAAAACUCCAAAUUAUAUUUAUUCUUGUCUUAAAUAUAUUUGGGAUAAACCAGACGAGCCUGGAAAUUGUCAUAAAAUCUCAUGGUUACCCUGUUUACCUCGAGAUGAUUGGGCUCGAGCACGGACACAUCUGCUUGAAAAUCCCAGCAAUGUAGCAAACUUUGCUCUGAUUGAUUCUGCAUUGACGUUUAUCUGUUUCGAUGUUGAUGUUGAUUUUGAUGAUAUUACUAACCCUAAAAAACAAAGAGAAGCUUAUGGGCACAAUGCUUUACAUGGAAAUCUUUCUUCUGAACAAUUCGCAAACCUCCAACAGUUUCCUUUAAAUCGGUGGUUUGACAAGUCAUUUUCGACUAUAUUCACAAAAAAUGGAGCCUCUGCAAUUAAUUUUGAGCAUAGCUGGGUUGAUGGUGCAACAAUGAGUCGUUUUUAUGACAGAAUCUAUGCUGACUCUACUAAAAAUCAUUUUGUUUCGCCUGGAGAUAAUUUUGACCGUAAAGUUUGUGGCGAGGUUAAAGAAGUUACAUUUAAAAUCGACGAAGGCUUCAAGCCACACAUUGAAGCAGCAAAAAGAGCACAUGAAAAUCAAACGAAUAAGCUAGAAUUGAAUUACAUUCAAGAUUGUCGAUUGAAUAGUAGUUACUUAAAAUCGAAAAAACUAAGUACUGACUCUAUUUUUCAUUUAGCUUUUCAAAUGGCCUUUUUUAAAAUCUCAUCAGGACAAACUCCGGCUACAUAUGAAUCUUGUUCAACUGCACACUUCAAACAUGGGAGGACGGAAACAAUUAGAGCUGCAACUUCAUCUACACAAAAGGCUUGUAAAAUGUUCCAUGUUUCAAGGGAAAAGUACGUUUUAAAUGAUUUACGUUCGGCCAUAAACGAAUCAUCUCAGACUCAUUCAGCACUCGUUAAGGAAGCUUCUCUUGGACAGGGUUUUGAUAGACAUUGGUUUGCUUUGAAGAAAAUAGCUGAAAAACAAGGAAUGAAUGAUGUUUCCAUUUUCAAAGACCAAUCCUACCAAAUAGCCAAUCAUUUUAUUCUCUCAACUUCUCUGCUUUUUGCUGGCAACAUAACUGGUGGUGGAUAUGGGCCUGCUGUUUCUGAUGGCUUCGGUCUUGCUUAUGGCUACGAUGACAAAGAUUUAGGGGUCUUUUGCUCUAAUUGGAAAGAUACAAGAAAUGGUGUUGAAUUUGCUCAAGCUGUGGAAGAGUCUUUCAAAGAUAUUCAUAGUAUCCUCGAGUCAACCUGAACAAGGAUCAAUUGUAAUCAUUUUAUAUUAAGUAGCAGAUUUUUGGAUUUAAGUUGAAACUCAUUUCUCACUUUUCUUUACACGCAUUACCAAAUUUUUAGCUAAAUAUUGUUAAACAUAAAACAUCGCACUCGGAGAAAGGCUAAAAAAAGCUCAACUCUGACCCAUGUGUACCGGAUUUUAAAUUUUCGAGGAACAUUAUAUAAAAGAUAUUUAUCCAAA